AUGGACACGCCCUUACACUCAUCAACCUUGUCCCAACUAUGGGUAAAUAGUACCACUGCCUUGUGGUUUGAUCUUGGAAGAUCAAAGGCUAUGGGAGCAGACCCAGAAAGAAAAGCUGGAAAGAUGGAACUCAUCAGCCAUGGCAGGCAAUCAUCUAUGGGAAAGAACACCCAGACAGCAAAACUCCGCCCUGCAGGAAUUAGGUUUCUCGCAUGGCUAAUCACCAGGCAGAGUAAAAAGAAGCUGAUUACGGAAACCACACCAAAAGAAACACUGAAUUGCGUGAACGAGGACAUACGUCAUACAGAUGACCCAAUGAAUGUGUCUAGUGAAAGCAGAAAUGCAGCUAGGGGCAAGAAGUGUGGACUCUUAACGCCAAAAAAUGUUCUCAGCAUAGGGGCAUGGAAUGUGCGGACCAUGUAUGAGACGGGAAAAACAGCACAAGUUGUCAAUGAGAUGAGAAGGUAUAACAUCAGUAUACUAGGUGUCAGUGAAUGCAGAUGGUUAAACAACGGAUCGAUCUCAACGGACACAGGUAAGACCAUAUUGUACUCAGGCCGAACAGACAACAAACACUAUGAGGGAGUUGCUUUAGUACUAAGCAAGGAAUCAAAAAGAGCUCUUCUAGAAUGGCAACCAGUGGAUGAAAGGCUUAUUAUGGCAAGGUUUUAUUCAAAAUACUCAAAACUGUCAGUGAGUCAAUGCUAUGCACCUACCAACGAAGCUAGUAUUGAGGACAAGAAUAAGUUUUAUGACAAAUUACAAUCCCUUAUCAGUAAAGUACCAGCACAUGAUUUAUGUCUUGUAAUUGGUGAUCUAAAUGCAAAGAUUGGGUUAGAUAACUCAUGUAAGGAAAGAAUAAUGGGCAGACAUGGAUGUGGAGAAUGA